ACUGCACCCAGCAGUUAGGCUUCAAUACAAGCAGAUGCAGCUCUAGUUCUAACGUGUGUACAAUAUAUGUGCGUCCUGUUUGUUUGAUCCUCAGAGAGCUACCUACUCGAUUGCACCACUUGAAAUUGCAGCCAAGGCCUUGUAGUUGUAGCACACCGAAGCUAGCAGAGCAUUUGGUAUUUGAAUCGGGAGGAACUAUGGUGCUGGACAAGGAGGAGGAGAGGAGCAGGGUCCUGGUAAUUGGUGGCACAGGUCACAUCGGCAAGCAUAUCGUUGCUGCGAGUGUCCGCCACGGCCACCCGACCUCCGUCCUCAUCACGGAUGCUGCACCGGCUGAUCUGGCCAAGGCGCAGCUCCUCAAGAGCUUCAUUGAUUCCGGUGUUGCUCUCAUCAAGGACCCUGAACAAGAUCCUGUACAUGAGGCCCCCGGCGAACAUCGUGUCCCACAACGAGCUCAUUGCACUGUGGGAGAAGAAAGCGGGAAGGACUUUCCAGAUCGCUCGCAUCCCAGAGGCGGAUCUCCUCAUGUUGAUCAAGGAGGCGGCAUACCCUCUCAACAUGAUGCUGUCUCACUCGCUCUCUGUCUUGGUGAGGGGCGACCAAGCCAAUUUCGACAUCGAGCCGUCCUUUGGUGUCGAGGCCACCUAGCUGUACCCUGACGUGAAGUACACCACCGUCGACGAGUACCUGGACCGCCUCCUCUGACACUUCUUGGCUGGAUGGAGCAAUAAAGAUGAUGGAGCAGUGGCCUCUUCAAAUCCAAUGAUGUGUGUGGUCUUGUGUGCAAAUUCACCAGAAAGAAAAGAAGGACCUCUGCGUUCCUUGCUAAAACAAACAUGAUUUGUGGCCGUGUACGGUACGUAUACGGAGCAGUCACCGAAUAAGAUUUGUAUAUAGGCUAGUUUAUAAAUACCCAUGUAACCCCACGGUGUAAUACCAGAUCAAAAAAGCAAUAAAAAUCUCGCGUGCGUGUGGUGUCUCGGCGAGUUGUGUGCCA